AUGAGGCACUUGUCUCCCUGGAAACCAUUUGCUAACCCCCGGGAUGCUGUCUUCCAGGCGAAGGAGGUGGAGGAGACCAUCGAGGGGAUGCUCCUGCGGCUGGAGGAGUUCUGCAGCCUGGCCGACAUGAUCAGGAGCGACACUUCGCAGAUCUUGGAGGAAAACAUCCCUCUCCUUAAGGCCAAGGUGAUGGAAAUGCGUGGCAUCUACGCCAAAGUGGACCGGCUGGAGGCCUUCGUCAAGAUGGUGGGACACCACGUCUCCUUCCUGGAGGACCAUGUGCUCCGGGCCGAGCGGCGCCACGGAGCCUUCUCACAGGCCCUGCGGAGGUGGGGGUGGCCGGGCCCCAGAGGGCUCCCCUCCUUCAGGAACAACCUGCCUAGGCCGGCGUCCCCGCCGUUUGAGCUGCCCGCGUUGUACAGGACCGAGGACUACUUUCCUGCGGCCGCCGGGGAGGCGGCGCCCCAGGCCCCCCAGGCCCCCCGCUGCCGUGGCCACCUGUGAGCUGGCGGGAGUGGCCCUCUGCGUGCGGGGCAGCCCCGGUUUCUUCUAUUUUUGUUGUCAUCGAUUUGUUUGCUGAAUCCCCCUCCUCCCCCCGCUUCGCGUGAGACCGAGGGGUCUGGAGAAGCAGCUGGACCCUGCGUGGCGAUGCCUCCGGGAGGAGCUGCUAAAUUAGGCUUUGUCCGCCGGUGGUUGGUGGUCAGGUGUGCCCGAGGGACAGCGGGACUUGCUCUCUAGAGGGUUUUGCACGGGAAUAUGGGAGAUUCACUGGGUGCACAGGGCUGUGGCUCCUGUCCCUCACUGUUGGCUGGCUUGUUGUGAGCCCAGUGCCCCCUGGCACGUGAAUUAUGUCAAUAAAGGUGUCAAGAGGU